AUGGCGAAGGUGGGUGAAGAACAGCAACACCCCAACUACCCUACAUACUCCCGAGGCGUACUACAGAAAGAACAUGUUCAUUCUUUGCGUGGAAAUCCGCGAGCCCUGCAUUGCCACCAAUGGUUUCAUCAGUUGUUGGACACAGGAAACAUGUGCCAAAUGUACUAUACUAGUCAUGAAAUGACGUAUGGAUGCCAAUUUAGACUACAGAAAACUGUUAAUGAUAUGAGCCGGCUUGUUAUGGUGGUAACAGACAAAUCCAAUACCACUAAACCCUACAUCUUUCAUGCAAGAGCUAAUAACAUAGCAAAGCUCAGACCUCCAGUUAUAAAUGAGGCAUAUAGGACAAAGAAUCAGCAUUUACACGUGAGCUGGAAUGACUCUGUAUCUAAAAAUGUGGAGUAUGAAGUAUUAUGGAAAAUGUCCACAAGUGAAAUGGAAGAGUUAAUUCAGGAUAUAAAAAAUGUUUACAUAAAUAUUCCAAAUGCCUUUCCUGAUGUCACAUACAUUGUAAAAGCUCGAGCUAAACUAUCGAAAUAUAAACAUGAUGAUUACUUUCUCUGGAGUGAAUGGAGUGAGGAAAAGAAACUUCCAGGAGAAGACAGUGGAACAAUUAUAUCUAUGUUAAUACUAGUCCUUAUUUCAAGCAUUAUAGUUUUUGUUUUCAUCAUCCUACUUAUUUACAUGAGAAGAUUAAAGAUUGUUAUUUUCCCUCCAGUCCCGGAUCCAGGAAAAAUAUUCUCUUCGGAUCUUCAGCGAGGAAUUAAAGAUAGCAGAGUGAAUCUAUACAGCAGACCCCAGAAGGAAGAGAUAUGUCCAGUGUCUUUGGCAGACAGAUAGAAUGCCAUGUAGAAAAUGUGGAUGUUUACUUAUAUCAGACCUGAAAAUGUUGGUUCUGUAAAAAUGUUUGUCUACAAAAUGUCUUCAUUUGGCAGAUGCUCCUCUGGUUUUGAAUAAUUACAAAAUACUUGCAAAUUCUCAGGAAUGGGCAAGAUACACCGAAAGUUCUUAACAGACAUGGGGAUUCUCUGUCAACUGGAUGGAUUAUUGAAGCUGAAGACUUUGAGUAUACCCCAUGGUGACACAAGUAACCUUCAGUCAGGAACAUAGAUACAUACAUGGUGGAUGUGGAGGUAAUCGUCAUACUUAGGCCCUGGUGCCUAAAAGGGGGCCCAAAGAAGACCCCAGUAAAAGGCAUGUGGUAGGUGGAGGGAUGCUAAAGAGAAGCAAGAUGGAACAAGUGUGUCCUCUGGGAGGAUAAAAUACAGGGUAUACCCAAAAAAAUUGAAAAAUAGAAUGGAAAUUGCCAGAAAGUAAAGACAACAGAAUGUACAGAUAGCAAAUAGAUAGAGAGCCGGCACUGUAGUGUACUCUGGUGGUCCUGUAAAGCACUGAAGGUAGACUGGUACAGAUGGACGGGUGGUGCGGCAAGGGUAUCAGGGGUGCGCUUACAUGGAACAAAUAGAAUAGCUGAAUUCAACAAGUAGAAGGUACAUAAAAAGCACUUACCCGGUAUUAUGCCAAAGAAGGGUAUCUUUUAUUUCAGGGUUAAAUGGAAUACAGAAGUCAAGAUCGGGAAGAGGGAUCUCUUUUAUUUACAGAAGCAUUUCAAAAACUUUGUUUUAUUUCUAAUAGGUGAUGGCAAAGCCUUCAUAAAAGAUGUGAUAAUUGUACUUUCAAGUUCUUCACACUGUAUAAUGUGUUAUUUAUUUUUACUGUAGCUACCAGUCCUAAAUCAGUUUAGAUCUCAACAAACCCUACAGUGGGAAACAUUAUGGUUGGAUAUUGGUGGCCAGGGAUGAUUGAUUGAUUUUUGGCAUAGUGCGAAUUCUGCAUUACAGUAAAGUGUUAUUACAGAGCACUUUACACCCGUGCACAAUAGGCUCAUGUCACAUAGGAUGUCUGAAAUUGGUGUGUGUGCGAUUGAAGAGGUGUGCACUUUAUGUCAGGCCGGGGGACUUUUUUUCUUUCUUAUUUUUUUAUUCAAUAGUUCUUUAUUUAAUAGUUUAUUUUUAUUUUUCUUUCUUUACUAUGGGGACACAGGUUAGUAGAAAACACAUUUUCCUUGGGUUCCCUGCUGUCCCUAUAUACAAAUAAUUAAUACCAGUAAUCUAAUGGUAAUAGCUGCUAUCCUUGAUGUGUACAGUCAGACAUGGAGAGAAGAUGCAUAUCACAUCUUCUCUGUGGAAGUAGCAUUUGAGAGCACAACGCUAAAUAUGAAAGCUGCUUAUUGAUGUGGGUUCGGGUUAAA